CUUCUCCUCCUCUCCUUAUCCUUCCUUCCUCUGCUCUAAAACCCUUCUCUCUCUCUCAUAUUUCUAGAGAUAAGAACCAGAAAUGACUUGCGCGACUUCUUCUCUCUUCAAGACCUUAUCAGUUGCAGACUCAUGUCGUCUCUCUCUCUUCACCACCACUAAACCCCCUUCCUCUCCUCCAUUUCUCUCCCUCCCUUCCAAGCCUCGGAACCUCCACUUCUCAUCCUCUCUCUCCUCUUUCUCUCUCCUCUCCAUCACCAAGAGACCUCACUCCUCUUCCUCCCUUGUCGCCUUGGUCUCCCAGACCUCCGACUGGGCCCAGCAGGAAGAGGGCGCCGCCGCGGCGGUCGCCAUUGGCGAAGAUACCGAAGCUCGCGUCUCCGAUUGGGAAGCCGAGGGCGAAGGCGAAGACGCCGCCGCUGACGCUGCCGAAAGCGACGGGCUUUUCGAGGAGAGAGGUGGAGAAGAAGACGAAGGGGGUUUUGUGGAACCUCCAGAGGAGGCGAAGAUUUUCGUCGGGAAUUUGCCCUACGACGUCGAUAGUCAGAGACUAGCUAUGCUCUUUGAGAAGGCCGGGAUUGUGGAGAUUUCUGAGGUUAUUUACAACAGGGAAACCGAUAGGAGUCGCGGGUUCGGAUUUGUGACGAUGAGUACGGUUGAAGAAGCUGAUAAGGCUGUGGAAAUGUUCAAUCGCUAUGAUGUGGAUGGAAGGCUCUUGACUGUUAAUAAAGCUUCUCCCAGAGGCACACGACCAGAACGCACUUCUAGAAUGUUUGAACCUUCUUUCAGAAUCUAUGUUGGAAACCUGUCAUGGGAUGUCGACAAUGGUCGACUUGAGCAGGUCUUUAGUGAACAUGGUAAGGUAUUAGAGGCUCGAGUGGUUUAUGACAGAGAAACUGGCCGUUCACGAGGCUUUGGCUUUGUGACAUUGUCCAGUGAAAGUGAAGUGGAAGACGCUAUUGCUGCUCUAGAUGGACAGAGCCUGGAUGGAAGAGCUAUCAGGGUUAGCGUUGCUGAUGAAAAACCAAGGCGCUCCUUUUGAUUUCAACUAAGAUGAAUCCAAACAGUUUUUUGUUUUACCUAGUUUCUUUUUUUUUCUUUUUUUUUUUCUUUUUUAGGUCUAAAAUAGUAGUCCAUGUUUUUUGUGAGCCAUUUCUCAGUGAGAGUCGGUGUUUUAUUGGUAUUAUUUUUGAGUUGGAAUGAUACAUUAACUCUGUAGAACUAUAAUUAUUUUCCACCAAAUCUCAUGAAAUUCAGGAAAACAAAGGUUAAAAUAAA